AUGGACAGGUUUCGACCGGGGUGGGUAUAUGAUACCACAGACAAGGAACCCGAGCAAAGCGACACCAUCGAGGGUCUUGCCGAAAAGCUUGGUCUUGACCCGAAGGAGCUGAAGAAGACAGUCGAUGAAUACAAUGCAGCCAUUAAUGACAAGGAGUUCGAUCUCAUGAAGCUCGAUGGAAAGAGGACAAACGGCCUCUCCCCAGACAAGACGAACUGGGCUCAUCCUAUUGUCGAACCGCCAUUUUACGGGUACCCGAUGAAAGCGCAACUGACCUUCACUUACGGCGGUCUCAAAUGCGACCUUGAUUCUCGCGUGCUGUCCACGACUGGAGUCCCCAUACCUGGGCUGUAUGCUGCCGGAGAGUUGAGCGGACUGUUUUACAAUGAAAUCCACCCGCCACCAGCGUGCUUCGGUCUCUCACAUUCGGACGCAUUGCGGGUAGGGAUGCGGCACAAGCUCUUUGAGGCACAAGCAAGUGAACCAGUGGGCAGGCGCAAGGAGGACUGCCAUGCCACCAAGAUUCGCAUCAUCAAAGAGUUGGGGAAGGCGGUGCACCAUUCGGGGGAGGGUUGA